UGCAGGGCUAAGCAGAGUCUGUGCAGCGGCUCUCGGGAAACAGCUUGGUAGAGUUUGGACUGAGAGCAGCCGGCAAAAAACUAACUCCUGCUCCUGCGAGGCUUCCUGCAACCUGUUGCUCCCCACGUCGUCUGCCUCUGAAACUUUGCACCGUUCGCCCCGGUAAUGGACUAUUAGAGAGACUUUUAACAGCCCCCACUUCCACAGCAACUUUAAAGCGAGCAGUCUAAAUCGCCGCUGCCCUCACAUCACUCACAGCCUCAACAGAAGCAGCGACCAUGGGCAAACAGAACAGCAAGCUCCGUCCCGACGUCAUGCAGGACCUGAUGGAGAACACGGACUUCACCGAGCACGAGAUCACCGAGUGGUACAAGGGCUUCUUGCGGGACUGCCCCAGCGGCGCUCUCUCCAUGGAGGAGUUCAAGAAGAUCUAUGCCAACUUCUUCCCUUACGGAGACGCCUCCAAGUUCGCCGAGCACGUCUUCCGCACGUUUGACGCCAACGGAGAUGGGACCAUAGACUUCAGGGAGUUCAUCAUCGCCCUGAGUGUGACCUCACGUGGCCGACUGGACCAGAAGCUGAAGUGGGCGUUCAGUAUGUACGACCUGGACGGGAAUGGAUACAUUAGCAAGGCAGAGAUGCUGGAGAUUGUAACGGCUAUUUACAAGAUGGUUUCCUCUGUGAUGAAGAUGCCUGAGGAUGAGUCCACGCCUGAGAAACGCACAGACAAGAUCUUCAGGCAGAUGGACUCAAAUCGAGAUGGUAAACUGUCCCUUGAGGAGUUUGUUGAGGGAGCGAAGAACGAUCCCUCCAUUGUCCGGCUGCUUCAGUGCGAUCCCAGCAGCGCUGGGCAGUAGAAUUCUGGACUUUUCCCAUCUCAUUUUGAUUAAUUUAACACAUUUUCAGAAAUCUCUCCCAGCUGACCCACCUGAGAUUGAUCACUUGACCUAUAGAGACACAUGCGCACACACGCACACAUACAUACAAACA